AUUGUGCUGUUGUUGCAUUGUGUUGGAAUACGUGCUUUUGCCUCUAUUCCCUUGUCUCCUAUAAACUAAACUGAGUCGAACCUCGCCCGUCUGAACUGAACCAAUACGCUAAAGUAAUGGACCAGUCAUUGACAUUGGAGAGGUUAAAAAGAAAUCAAAUAAAAUGAAUAAUACGGCAAUCUGUUUGAAAUCGAAACAUUAAAUCAUCUCAAUACCAUGAAUUUAUUUUUUUCACCAAAUGAACUUCAGUAUUGAUGGAUAAAUGUAGUACAGAUGCUGAAUUUGAUUCUUAUUGGGAUAAUGAAGCCAAGAACCAAAAUCGAAAUAGAAUAAGAGUUGGACGACAGUAUCAAGCUACAAUACCUCCACUUUUAAAGCCUGGUGAAAAAGAUGGAAGGAAAUUGGAAGACCUAGAAACACUGAAAUGGAAACCGGAUCAGUUAAGUGAUCAGAAGCUUGAGGAGUAUAUGUCUAUGGCAAAAGGCAUUUCUCUAUUUUCCAAAUCAGUAAGCAGCUCAAGAUCACCAGAAAAAUCAGAUAACUCAUUACAAUCAGCUAUUAAAGGCUUGACUGAAUUUGUUGCUUCUCAUCAUCCUUGUCAUCAUGAUGAUGGUUGUCGCCAAGUCCUUAAACCUUCUUCCUCCUCUACUGAAUCAGUUUCUAAAGUUAAUACUAACACCUGGUCACAAUCUGAAGCUCAACUAUUUGCUCAAGCUCUUGAAGCCUGCGGCAAAAAUUUCUCUGCAAUUAAAAAAGAAUUUUUACCCUGGAAACCUGUACGUAGCAUUAUAGAGUAUUAUUACCAGAUUAAAAAUGAAAAAGCUGAAGAAACGGAACCAACUGAUAAAGUUAUCCCUAAAGCAGAAGAAGAACCUAUUCCAUCAUGUUCGCAUGAAGAAAAGCCUUGUGUGAAAGAAGAACCUGUUAAAGUUGAAGAACCGCAGGUGAAAACUGUAAAUACUGAAGAUCCCCCAAAAGAUUCGAUUAAUUUUUUAGAUCAUAGCAGAGUCACCGACCCUUGUUCAGCAGCAUCAGAAACAAGCUUACCUCAAGAUGUACCAGCUACAUCAACCGUUGGAAGCUUGAAAUUUUUUUUAGGAGGUCGUUUAGUACUUAAAUUAAAUGCGCAACAAGACGGUGGCUCUGGGAACAAGUGCCAAUGGGUGCAAUCUAAUGAUUUGCCUAAACAUUCAAAUCACAACAAAAAAGAUAAACAUAAGAAAAAAUUUGCUCCAUAUAGUUAUAGUUCUUCUGGAACUCAAAAGCCUUUGAAAAAAGGGGAUGACACUUCUGCAGUACCAGACUGUGAUCCUUCUGGUAUAAAAAAGCCUAGGCUCAAAGAAUAUGAAACUUCCGAAAAUAGUGCCCUAGGACUUCUCCUCUGCAGUUCCUCCUGGACUCCACCUGUUGCAGAUGGUCAAGAAUCUAUAGACGUAGAUGAUACCUCCUCUAAAACAAGCGAAGGCUAUAUUUCUCCUAUACUUUCCAAUAAUUAUCGAACAUCAAAGAUAGAUACCAUAAAACAUGAUUUUGCUAGCAAUCCCAAUACUUCUAAUGAGCUCGGUGAACAAAAGUGCGAUUCAGACCCGACUUGGGUAAAAACUGAUAACUGUAUUAUUAGUGAUAGUGCCUCAAAAAAUGCUAGCGUUUUAAGUGGCAAAAACUCUCCUAAUCAGUGUUAUAGUUCUCCAAUGAAAAAGGAAGUGCUUAACCAUAAGAGUGCCUUGAGUCAUGGUAGAUCUGUAAAAAGUCCUUGCUAUCAGUCUCGUUCAAGUCAUUCCAGUAGUCCAUUACUGAAGCAAAGGAACAUCAAGUGGUCCAAUAUACCAUAUCCAUUAAAGUCAUCACCUAGUUCAUUAUCCCCGGUUUACAUUGAUUUAAGGAGUUCUACUAAAGAAUCUGCUAUAGAUUUAUCAUCAAAGUCUGACAAUGGUCUAAACAAUGCAGAUCAUUAUGUGAAACAAACUCACUCUAAUGAGAGAAGUGAGUGCAAUGAAUGCAUUCUCUGCGAAUCUGAUUCGCGACCUGAUAGUGAGUUCUCGCCUCAGUCUUCCAAUUUCACUCCAUCUGCAGAAUCACCGAGAAAAGAACCAUCAUGUACAGCUUGUAAUUGUUGUGAAGGUGUUUCUACAGACCAAUUACCAUUUGAUAAUUCUGGUAGAAAAGAAGAUGAAACCAUGACUAACAAAGAGUCUGAUGAUAACAGCCAACUUUCCUACACAUAUUGUAAUCUUCCAUACCAUUGUGCUUUACCAAAAUGCACCAAAGAUUAUACAUUAGAAGAGCACUUGUGCAAUAAAAGCAGCAUUAAUAAGAAUCAAGUAGACUGCCCUGAAUACAUCAUAAAUGAUAUUGAUGAAAAUAUGUGUGAGAAAAAUCCCAACUGGUGUAGCAAAGCAUCAUAUAUUCCUUAUUACUCUCAUUGUUAUCCGUACUAUGUUAGUUAUGGUGUAACAUCUCGAAAUUCUGCAGAAUCGACUGAUACGGAAGUAUCAGAAGCUCCAUUAGACUUAUCAUCUACUAAUGAAACAAAACCAGAGAAAUUGCCUAAUGUAGAAAAAAUAUCAGAAAAUUCCAGUGAAGAAGUAUCCCAAAAUGCAGAAGGAGGUCGAGGAAUGUUGUACCAGUUGUUAAAGAAUAAAAGUAAAUAGAGCUGUAUGUAUCAGCUUUUAUAUUUGUGCUGUAUAAAGUAAAUAAUCUGGAAAAUUGAACUCACCAUUCUGCACCAGUCAAAUUAUGAGUGUUAUUUUUUUAGCUGCAGAAUAAAAUCACUGAUUAUUAUUAAUUUUAUUUUCACAUAUUGACACUAUAAUAUACAAACUACUUUUUUAUCAACUGUAAAUUUUGUUUUAUUUUGUUUUUUGUUUAUUGAGGUAGAAAAUAAUAAUACUUUUCUAAACAUUUUGUAUUUACAAAAGAGCUUAUAUUUAUAUUUACAGCAUCAUGUCUUGUGACAAAUGUAAUAGUUUUUCACAUUAAAUUUAUUUGAACUCAAAGUUGCUGUUUGCAUAGUUUUGACUUUAGCUCGAACCAAUUUUUUUUUUUGACAUUAGAGGUAAUUUUAUAGAAAAAAAAUGUCUUUCUUUAUGAAUAAAAUAUUUAAAAAAAAUUGUUUUAUUACUGUUAUUUUGCUAUGAUUUCUCAUAAAAGUUUGUGUUAUUUAGUCAUUGAAAUUUCAAAUGUUGAAAUCCUAGGUAUAAUUGAGCACUUUAAAAAAAAAAUCUUAUUUUUUCAUAGUUGCUCAAAGUUUUCUAUUCAACUGUUUCUGACCUUUUCUUUUAAUUUUCGUUCUUUAUGACCUUUGAAAAUAUUUCUCUUUUCCUCCUUGUUUUGUACAUCAACAGUUUUAACAAUUUGGAAAGUGCUCCACUGGCAUCAUAGAACUCUCUCAGUCCUUAAAACCUUCUUAUUCAUCUCUUCACUGCAAUUUAUAUUUCGUUUAAAGUUUUCUGAUACACAUUUUUUUUUAUGGAGGAACCUUAGGUUGGCAUAUAAGUAGGAGAUGACUGUACUAAAAUAUGGCACAUUCUUCAUUCUCUAUUGGUGAAAAUUUGGUGAUUAUUUAAAAUAUUUUUAUAGCAAGUUUGUACCUUUAAUAUUUUGUUACCAGAAAGGAUCGUGAGAUUUUUUCUUCCACUCCUUUCAAUUUGGCAUUAUAAAGUGAUCUUUUAGUUUAUCAAAUGUUUCAGAGUAAUUAACCGAAACAGCCUUACAAACAGAGUAUAUCAGGUCGCAUAAUCUAGUGACUGGAUUGAAAGCAUUAUAGCAAAAUAUGUCUGAACACAUAAUUAAGUUAAAUAGCGCCAUGACCGGAAAUCUGUUUGUAAACUUGACACAAAGUGUCCUAAACGAACCUAGUCCUGUUAUUGUCUGGAAAGUAAAUAGCUGGUGUUAAAACAUGUUAGUAUCUUCUUUAUGGAAGAAAAAACACUUUUAAUUUAAUUUUCUAAAAGGAAGUGUAACAUUGAGUCUGUAUAGAAAAAUGUUUUCAAAAUUAAAGAUUUUAAUCUUAUAUUUUGAUACCUAUCUCAAACUCUCUUUUAAAUGUUUUAAUUAAACCAGGGAAUGAAGAUUCUUUUUUAAAGCUUCCGGUCAAACUAAAAUUUUUGCAUGCUGCAAUUUUGAGAAAAAUAUGAUAUAUAUUUAAGAGACGUAAUAAAAAAACUUCUCGCUGAACAAACUAUAAUAAAAUGUCAGGGCCUGUGCUAAGGACUUCAAAUUAUUAGCCAGACAUCAAAAGCAUUAGCCAAAUUUUAAAAUUCUUAGCCAACAGCAAAUCACAAAUGCUUUUCUAUGAUUAAAAUUUUUUAUAAUAGAUUUUUUCACAUAGAACACUGCAAAUCAAAAUACAAAUUUACUAUAAAUUGAAUCAUUCUAUAAAAUGCAAAUUCAAAUCAAGAGUUAUUUUGCAGUUGGGAAGGAGUAAAAGAGCAAUGAAUGGGUGAGAGGAUGAAAAAUGUAGAUUUUUAAUUGUCUUUGAGGGAAAGAAAUAGGUCUAGGUUGAGGUUAAUUUUUAAUUACUUCUUAGACUAAAGCAGUAAUAUAAAGAUAAGCCUUAGGCAACAUUAUGUUAUUGCCACAUUAUUGUAUAUGUUAUAGUCAUGAGAAAACAUAUUUUUUGCAAAAAUAUUUGGAUGAUAGUAUGACAUCUUGCUACCACAUCUGUUUUAUUGACGCAAACUAUAAAUUUCGUCCCGUUGUAUCGCGUGUUCUAAACUCAAUACAACUCUAAUCGGUUAUUAGAUGUAUGUAUCUAACAGAAAUUACUAUAAUCGAAUAAAAAAAUACAGGAUUCGUCUAGAAAAAUUCUCUUUUACCUUUUUUUUUUAGGAUUGAGAGUAAUAUAUUAAUUUUUUUGGACUAUAAAAAAUCAUUGGCCAAAACUUUCAUCAAAGCACAAUCUUCUUUCUUCCUCCAAAUUUACGAUUUUUUCGCAUUUGGCGAGGUGGUGAAUGCUUAGCACUGGCCCUUAAUAUUAAAAAUAGAAAAGUACAUUAAUUUAAAAAAUAACAUUAACUUAAAGUAAAAUUUUCAUAAGCAUUCAAUAUCAUGCACAUAUAAUUAAAAAUUGUUAAAAUAAAGAAAAUAUAAGGAAUGUGUUGUCCCAAUUUAUAGUGCUUAAACGCAAAACUUCAUCUUAAAAAUAGGGAAUUUUAAUUUGAAACAAAGCAUUUUACUAGACAAAACCGAGCCCAUCUGAAUAUUUAGUCACUAAUGGUGAACAGAAGUUUCAAGCCCUGAAUUAAAGUAUUAUUUUAUUUUUCAGAAAAAUCCUAACAACAGUUAACAUUUAUGCCUGAGCAGAUUUUAAAUUGUUUUUCUACUCAUUUAAUUAACACUUCAAACUUCAAUCUUAUCUAUUUCUGUACAGAAUUGCAUUGAGAUAAACAGUAUUGACAUAAAGUACAAGCCUAUCAUUAAACCCAGAUUGUUGACUCUAAUAGUAAAGAAAAGUUACAAAUUGUUAAAUUACAAAAACUGAUAAAAGUUAAGAUACAUUGACUUUGUUUCAGUUAUAAUGAAGGUUUAAAAACCUUAGUCCAUAAUCUAUAUGAGUUUUACAGAUUUUAUUUUUAAUGUGUUUUCUAUUUUUAAUUUGUUUAACAUAUUAUUUAUUUAGUCAAGCCAUUAUUAUAAUAAUAUAUAAUAAGUUGUAUGUUAACAUAGACAGGAAAUUAAUUGCGGAGAGCAGAAUAAUGCAAAAACUAAAGCAACAUCAAAGAAACCAUAUUAUUUAGGUAAAAAAUUGGCCUACACUGUUUAGUGAUUUCUAAUUUUGUAUAAUUUUUUGCUUGAAUAAAAUCUAUAUAUAUAUAUAUAUAUAGGAAAUGAAUCAAUAAAUACAACAUGAAAUAUGAAUUAUCCGCAACUUAAAUUCAUAAAUGAUUCUUCUAUCAUAUGAUUUGUCCAAUAAAUACAUUUGCAAACGUACAAUAUUUUUAUUAAAUUAAAAUUAUUGUGAUAACAGUGUGUAAGUUUAUUAAAAUUUGAUAUAAUAACAAAAACAAGACUUUUUUUUUUUACUUAAAUUUUUGCCUAAAUUAUAUUUACUUAAAUUAUUUAAAAUCACAUGACUAUGAAUGUUUUUUUGUGCCUCAUCUUUCUUUUAAUCAAACAAGAAAAUUAAUCAUGUUGUCCAAACUUGCCAAGGACUGGAUAGUGGAAAAUUUUGUUUCAUUACUCAAUUUUUUUUUAUUUUGUCUUUACAUUGACCUUUUGUAAAGAUUAAAGUAUAAAAAAAAUUUAGUACAAAUUUUAUAAAAAAUUUAUUAUAUAACUUUUCGUAUGGUUUUUUAUUUUUAUUUAUAAAAACUGAUAAGGCUAAAGACAGUUUAAUCAGUUUAAAAAAAAAAAAUAUUAUAAAUUUUACAGGAUUAUUCUUAAAUUGUGAUUAACAGUUGCAUGUAACCUAUUAUAAAUCUAAAUAUACUUUCUGUAAAACAUUAAAGAUUAAUAGUUUUUUAAAAAGCAAAUAUCAUAACUUUUUUGAACGACAUUUGACUUAUUGCAUAUGAUUAUAAUGCGACCAUAUUUUUAUAUUACAACUGUUUUUGUGAAAUUUUUUUAAUUUUAUUUGUUAAAUGUCAGCCUGGCCUUGCUUUUUAGUUUUUGUAGUGUGGUUACAAGUGCCUUUAUCAGAAGAAAGACUAGUGUCUCUACAAAUCUAAUCACGCACUUGUGUUACUUGUUUCUUCAUUAGAUGAAAUCAUAGUAUUCAGAAUUUUAUUUAUACUUAUAGUAAUUUUUUUCCUUUUUUGUGAAUCUUAUGUAUAUAGGCCAAUUGUAAUUUUUUAUCUUUUAUGUUAUAUUUAUUUUCAUUAAAUAUUGUACAUUUUAGAUUUGAGACUUAA